AUGACAGUAUCCGAAGCCCUGGAUUUUUCAUAUCAUUACUCCGAUGAGACUCGCGCCCGGAAGUCAUCGCCUUUAAAAUCUUGUAUCCACUAUUUUCAAAACCCUGACAUAGCAUUCCUUGGAGGUGGCCUUCCUUUGAGCAAAUAUUUUCCAUGGGAUACUAUUGAAGCUCAUUCGUCUUUCCCUCCCACUACGACUGGUGAGAUGGUCAACGUGUCACAUCCAGUUUCGCAAAAGAACACAUGUCUUGUGAAACUUGAAAAUUCGGAUAAAAUUGAUAGUGUUGAUUCGAGAGAUAUUCCUUUGGCUCGUGCCUUGCAAUACGGUUUUGGAAUGGGUCAGCCAGAGCUCCUCUCUUUUAUAAGAGAUCACACGCAGCUUGUCCACGAGAUGAAAUAUACAGACUGGGACGUUUUGGCUACCACAGGCAACACAACCUCAUGGGAAUCGACAUUAAGAAUAUUUUGCAACAAAGGAGAAACCAUUCUGGCCGAACAAUAUUCUUUUUCGUCGUCAAUUUAUGCGGCAGAAGCGCAAGGAAUUACCGUAUUUCCGGUACCUCUUGAUGAACAUGGAUUGAUUCCUGAGAGGCUUGAGUAUAUUCUCGAUAACUGGAAUCCGCAGACAAAGAAACCAAAGCUGUUAUACACGAUACCUACUGGUCAAAACCCUACAGGGUCCACUUUGGGCAACAACAGAAGAAUCGAAAUUUAUCGUAUAGCUCAGAAGCAUGAUCUUUUGAUCAUUGAAGAUGAGCCCUAUUAUUUUUUGCAGAUGGACGCCUAUGAGAGAGAUGCUACGCAGCGCAAGUUUACUCAGUUCAAGUCUCAAACUGAAUAUUUGAAAUCGCUUUCAAGGUCAUUCAUUUCACUAGAUACAGAAGGCCGAGUAAUUAGGAUGGACUCGUUCUCCAAAGUACUAGCCCCUGGUACCAGAUUAGGGUGGAUAGUGGCUUCCAAGAGGAUUUUGAGAGCGUACAAUCAACUACAUGAGAUGACUAUACAAAAUCCGUCGGGAUUGAGUCAGGCAGUUGUAGCUGGUACACUGAAUCGGUGGGGUCAAAGCGGAUACAUUGACUGGUUAAUUGGUCUACGUCGCGAAUACACUGAGAAGAGAGAUCUGGCAAUCGACGGCUUGUUGAAGUGCCUACCAGAAACUUCUAUAUUUCGCGUGACUCCUCCCACGGCAGGUAUGUUUUUUACCGUAAACAUUAAUGCUUCCGCCCAUCCAGAGUUUGCCACGACGUACAUGUCGAAUCCAGAGCUUGUUGAAAAAGCAAUUUAUGAAAAGACGAUUGCAAACGGUGUGCUGGUAAUUCCUGGUAGCUGGUUCAAAACAAAUGGCAAUACCGAGCCUCCUCAGUCUUCCGAAGGUCAUACAGGCUUGGAUCCAAAUGAAAUAUUCUUUAGAGCAACGUUCGCAGCUGUAACUUCUGAGACGCUUUUAAAUGGCGUUGAAAGGCUCAGUACGACACUAAAAGAGGAGUUUUGCCUAUGA